AUGGAAACGAUUCUCGAGCCACAGGCAUUCCCCGUGGCGAUAACGGAUGGUUUCAUUCAAGCCGGGGAGACUACUAUUAUAAUGCAAUGCCACGACCGAUUAUUCAAUGACGUCGAUGUACGAGACCAGUCAAACGAACUGCUCUUCACCGUCGAGAGCAAAGGUGUGAACUCCAUGAGCUGGCGCCGCACAGUCAAGGAUGUCACCGGCACUCCUCUUUUUCAACUGCGCAAAUUGUUCAAGUACGGCGUGGAUCGCAAAUGGAGCGUAGAAGAUCCUAGUGGUCUUGAGCUCUGCUCUUUGCGACAUGUCUCUACAUUCAGACAAUUUCAUGCCCUUGAUGUGACGGUUCUCAACCAAGCAGAUGGUGGCAAGGAGAGCGCGGUUAAUGUCCGGCCGAAGGAUCAGGUCGGUAUUACCGUACAGGUCAAGAUCAGAGGUGCGACUGUCGCUGAGAUUCAGAUGACGGAAGCAAAUCAUAGUCACAUAAAUUUUACAGAGGAUAGAAGCGUUUGGAAGGCUCACGUUGCUGGCGGAGUGGACCUUACCCUUAUUAUAGCCAUUAUGCUCUGUCGAGCUGAGAUGCAGCAUUCUUGGAAGCAGUAG